AUGAUUGUCAAAGCUCCCGAAUUAGCAAAAGAAGUUAAAAAAUAUUGGAAAAAACGAUAUGACUUGUUUUCUUUAUAUGAUGAGGGAAUUAUAAUGGAUGAAGGUUCAGAAAAGGUAGACUUUGCAGAUUUAUCAAUUGCUCUGGUUGUUGAAUUGUUGUUAUUAAAUGCCGCUGUUAGUUCUGAAUUGGAACCAGGUCCAGAAAAGGUGAUUGCAAGCUUUAUCACGAAGCCGAAAUGUGAAAGUGGUAAGUAUCAACACAUUUAUGGUUAUGGAAUGUGA